CCCCAAAUUAUUAAAUCCGCCUAAAAUUUUCUGAAUCUCUCUCUCUCUCUCUCUCUCUCUCAUUUUUGCUUCAAUCAAAUUCAGGUGUUUUUGUGGUUAACGUGUGGGGAUGGCGUCGAAACGAAUCUUGAAGGAGCUCAAGGAUUUGCAGAAGGACCCGCCUACCUCUUGCAGUGCUGGUCCCGUGGCGGAGGACAUGUUCCAUUGGCAGGCAACAAUUAUGGGACCUGCUGAUAGCCCGUAUGCAGGUGGUGUUUUCCUAGUUUCGAUUCAUUUCCCUCCGGAUUAUCCGUUCAAGCCUCCAAAGGUUGCAUUCAGGACCAAGGUAUUCCAUCCAAACAUCAAUAGCAAUGGAAGCAUAUGUCUUGAUAUUCUUAAAGAGCAAUGGAGCCCGGCACUAACCAUUUCCAAGGUGCUGUUAUCCAUAUGCUCUCUGUUGACAGACCCCAACCCUGAUGAUCCCCUUGUCCCUGAAAUUGCACACAUGUACAAGACUGACAGGGCCAAGUAUGAAUCCACUGCUCGCAGCUGGACACAGAAGUACGCCAUGGGCUGAAAACUAAGAAAAAUUCUGAGCAUUUGUAAAACAUUGCAAAUGCAUGAUUCCAUCUCCGUUAAGUUGAACAUUGAAACAUUGGAAAUUUAUUUGUCUUAAAUUGAUCAAGGAACUUGGUUCUCAAUCUGUGAAUAUUCAUUUGAAGGCAUUUGGAGAUGGGAAAAGAACUGUAUUGUAUCUUUGCCGUGUUAGUUAUUGAGUGAAUGGUUUGUUUGUUGAUCCUUUAUUAAGGAAUAAUGGUUUAAUGGUUUUGCACUUUUGCUAGCUCAUGCUUUCCCAACUUAGAACUUGGUCUUCAGGAUUGAAUUCUUCUC